AUGAUAUUUAAUUUAAAUAUUACUAUAAAUACGUGUAAGAAUUCAAUAGCACCAAGCUCUUAUAUGGCUAAAAACAAUUUCUCUAAGAAAAAUCUACUAUACAUUCUGUUUAUUGUGUCUAGCAUGCAUUCAUUUCAAAUUGCAUGUACUCCAUGGCAUAAAAAGUUUUUUUCUUUGUUAAAACCCACCAAAUAUAAACCCAGCUCGGGUUCCGGAAUGCAGGUAAAUAAUGAUUCUGAAAAAGUAAAUACAAACAGUAAUUCUCCUACUCCACCUCCCCACAUAGAGCUCAAUACAAACAGUAAUCCUUCUGCUCUAGUUCCUCAAAAAGAUCUCAAUGCAAACAGUAAUCUUGAGGUUUCCAAGGAAUCUUCUAUUCAAACCCCACAAGACCCUUCUUUAAAAGAUAGUUCUGUGUUUCUUAAAAAAAUGGAUGAAAUAUUGGAGCCUCUUUUUAAUAUUUCUAAAGAAAAAAACACAAAAGAAACCCCCACUUUAACCUUCCGCAAAAAGUUCAAUACAAAAGAACCCCCUACUCCAACCCCCCGCAAAAAGUUCAAUACAAAAGAAACCCCUAUUCCAAUCCCCCGCAAAGAUCUCGAUGCAGACGGUAAUCCUCCUACUCCAGUUCCUCAAAAAGAUGACGAUGCAGACGGUAAUCCUUCUACUCCAGUUCCUCAAAAAGAUCUCAAUGCAGACGGUAAGGCUACGAUUUUAAAAGAAAUAUCUGAUUUAUUCGAUGCUUGUUGUGCAGAUUUUGAUUUAAACACAGAAGAAACUCCUACUACAACCCCCCAUAAAGAUCUCGAUGCAAACAAUAAUUUUGAGGUUUCUAACAAAUCCUCUACUCAAGCCCCACAAGACCCUUCUUUAAGAGAUAGUUCUGAGAUUCUUAAAGAAAAAAAGCCAAAUAAAAAUCCUCCUACUCGAAUCCCCCGUAGAAAGUUCAAUACAGAAAAAACCCCUACUCCAAUUCCCCGCAAAGAUCUCGAUGCAAACAGUAAUUUUGAGGUUUCCAAGAAAUCCUCUAUUCAAGCCCCACAAGAUUCUUCUUUAAAGGAUAGUUCUAAAAAAGUAAAUCAAAAAGCUAAAGCUCCUGCCCCACCCCGCCCAAAAAAUCUUGAUAUAGAUAAUCCUUCUGUUAUUUCUAAUAACUCUUCUACUCCACUCUCCCACAAUCUACCUAAUAAACCUCCUAUCCCACCCCGCCCAAAGAAUCUUAAUAGAGAUAAUACUUCUGUUAUUUCUAAAAAGUAG